GCUACCCGUCUCCGUCUAGUUACGUGAUGGUUGUGCAACCAUCUUUCUUCUCGCGCCUUCUAGCUUUUCUAGCGCACCCAGCCUACAUACAGUGAGAUCAUACGCUCUGCAGCCAUGGGUAAUUCCAGAACAUUUCCCCAGCUUCUGCUUCUCUUCGUCCAUCCCUACCACUCUAUCAGACUACCAGGAGUUUCGAUGUCUCCGUCCGUCUCCGUCCGUCUCCGUCGUAGAUCGAGGAUCCACUGCCAGUCGCCACUAUGGAGUCGUUUAAUACUACCAGCCACAUUUCAGGAACAUCUAUCAUAUCUCUACUCUGAUUCCAUCCAUCAUAUUCUCUCUAUCAGUCCUUCUAUCCAUAUAGAGUAUAUUAGACUAUUCGGGCCGGAUACCCGUCCAUCCUACAUAUUAGUCCCUAGGUACCUACAUGUUGCUUACUACUACUAUAGUACUAUGUAUGUAGACAGUGACUUCAUUAUUGGCCAUCUUACGGCUAGAACACGCUAGAAGAUGUUGAUGUGGAGCCCCUCUUUCCGCAUCCCCGGUUGCCAACCUUCACAGCUGUCUCUGUCGACGGUCUGAUACUGACUGCAUCGAACCGAUGCAGUCUCAGCCCUUGUAUCGACCUGCCUAGGUAGGAUGUCCAUGUUGAAACCGGGUGUAACCAAC